AUGGCAAACCUACUCUCAUUGUUCAGUAAGAAAGCAACCUCCUACCAACCGGUAGUGAAGGAGGAGACCCAAUAUUGCGAUACUGACUCUAUCAAUUCAUCAACCGAAGGUUUCGUCAGCCAUGAACAGAAUUCUUUCCAUGAAGACUCAAGGUCUAGAAGAUACAUUUGGCUUUUCUUUCACUUUUUCGUCUUUACCAGCUACACGAUUGUUUACGUUAUGUUGAUUAAGCAUGGAAUUAUCACCGCAAAAUCAUCAUGCAAACAUACUAUAUAUUCACCUGCUUAUGAAGCUGUAGUGAAAGAGCCCAUGGAAUUUCAGGGGCAGUUGAGAAUUAUAUCCCCAUACCAAGGCCCUCCUUCGCCUGAAGUCGACAUGGCGUGGAAGGAACUUCUCCAAUAUUCUAAUAUCCGCGUUUCGGGGGAAGACUUGAGGAAAGUCAACAAAACUUCAAUCCCAAUGCCCGGUGAGAAUGAUAGCUACUGGGUAGAACUAAGUGUUGUACAUGAGCUACACUGCAUAAAACGACUCCGCCAGUAUUGGUUCAACGACUAUUACUUCCCAAAUAUAACCGAAGAGGAGCAUCGAUUGAACUGGCUUCAUAACGACCAUUGCCUUGAAAUCCUUCGACAAUCCGUCAUGUGUCACGCCGACGUGUCCAUGAUCACCAUGGCUUGGACCUCAACAUCCGUGUUCCCGGCUGCCGACUUUCAGAACGUGCACGAGUGCACUAACUGGGAUAUACUCUACGAAUGGCAGAAGGAGAGAUCUGUUGAUCUCAUGCAACCCGGUCUCCUGGUCCAUCCGGAACUCGGGGUACCGUUCCCAGAAGGGCAUUAUGAUGGGGUCGGUGCGGCUGACCCUGACCACGCUAUCGGUACGGACGGAGAGGUUCCUGAAGAGCUAAUAGCGAUGGGUAUUCGUGAAGGCCACAAACAUAUGUUGCGCACCCGUGGAAACGAUGAUUAA